AGUUACGUUUGGCACGCGAAUGAAUACGAACGACUUGGGAUUAUUGUUUAAGAAAACUCUCCUCUUCAUUUGAUUUGCAUAAAAAUUGCUCAGAGCAGACAACAUUUUGUGGCAAAUAGUAACAAAUUGUUUAUAAACGAAUAAUAAAAAAAAUAGAAACAUGUUUUAAUGCAAAAGAAUUAAGCGUGGUAAAAAUAAGCAAAAAAAAAUUACAAAUAGUUCAUAAAAUCUUCGGAAAUUGAUAAAAGACUAACAUGUCAAAAAUUGUAAAAUUAUUUAAAAAUAAUAAAAAAGACAAACCGCCUAAGGCGGAGAUCAUCGCAGAACCCCAGGUACCAGAGACGCCAACAACGAAAUGUGGUAAACCCUUAGUAUUGGAUAAUACACGAUGGGAGAAACGUUUACAAAAGGAAUUAAUGUCACUGAUCAAGGAGCCCCCACCAGGAGUUUCAGUUGAUACUGCCAGUGUGGCAAGAAAUUUAUCACAGUGGAAAAUUAAUAUUACCGGCUUUGAAGGUACACUGUAUGAAGGUGAAAAUUUCCAGCUACUGUUCAAAUUCAAUCAUAAAUAUCCAUUCGAUUCGCCGGAAGUGACAUUCAUUGGCAAUAAUAUACCAGUGCAUCCUCAUGUCUAUUCAAAUGGUCACAUCUGCCUAUCAAUACUCACAGAAGACUGGUCGCCUGCGCUGUCCGUUCAAUCGGUGUGCCUAAGCAUAGCAUCGAUGCUGAGUAGCUGUCGGGAAAAGAAGCGUCCGCCAGAUAACACCCUCUAUGUGAACACAUGCAACAAGAAUCCCAAAAAGACUAAAUGGUGGUAUCAUGAUGAUUCCGUUUAGUUAUGUGAUAAGCUGAAGCCCUCUGUAGCCUGGGCUUUGAUGUGUUAUCCGUACAAGGUGCUGGAACAAGAAUUACAACAAGAAAUCAAUGAAAUCAACAUUAAUAAGCCUAAAUUGUCUGUGAAACAAUUUCGUCAACGUUUAAAAAUGUUAAUCUCAAAACGUUUCAAACGAGCGACGAGGAAACUAUUGAAAAAAUGUUUACAUCUACAAUAUAUGUAAGAUUAUCCCUCACCUUCGUCCCCGCCCCGCAAAUUGUACUAUUUUUUAUUAACAUCUACAACAGCAACAAAAAUAUAACAAAUUAAUUUAAAUGUAUUCUAAAAAUAUAUAUGAACAAAUUAAGCCAUGGCAAUGUAUUUAGGAAAUAAUAAACACGUUUUAUCCAAUGUAGAACUGAUAUACCAGACAAGCUUCAUCUAAACCAAGAUUGGUGUUCCAACCACACUGUAGUUGUGAUAAUUAUUUAAUAAGUUGAAGCCAUUAUUUGACAUGGAAUGGGCAAUCUUGCCGCCAACAACCAAGUCUCCUGUCAAGUUUGGUUUUCGUUCCACAGCCAAUUGUCAGAACACCCCAGUAUUUAAUUGAAUCCGAACACAAAGAAUAAAUAACAAUGUAAUUGCUGCAUCAUCAACUGAUAUAAAAUUAAGAAUAAUAAAAAAAAAACAAAAAACAAAGAACAAUAUUUUAAACAAUUAA